AUGGUGAUAUAUGGUGUGCAUGUAUGUAUAUAUAUAUAUAUGUAUGUUUCUAUAUGUGUGCCAAGGGUCGAGGUCCUCGCCAGAGUGGCUGGCUUGGCCUUUCUCUCCGGGCUGCCGGUGCUGUGCGCCACAGGCUGCUGGUGGCUUUUCCUGCUUCUGGAGGUUUUUCCCUUGGCAUUAGCAGAGGUGGUCAUCCAGAGCAUGACGCAGGACAACCGAAGUCGAGACUCGGCUGGGACCACGGCCCUGAUUUUCUGCUUCUGCCUGGUGCUGUUCGGGCUUCCGGUGUGGGCGUUGUCCGUCGCAGGGGGCUGGGCCGCAUGGACCUGCUCUCACUGGCCAACUGUCUGCCAGACCUGGCCUUGGCCCCUACUGCUGCUGCCGCUGGCGCUUGCCAGCAUCUACGUGGCCACCGAGCUCAUCCCGCUUCCGGGAAGGCCUUCCUUGACAUCGCUGGACCUCGGAGCGAGGCUGUUGCUUUUGGUCAUGGUCGGGGCAACCCCGGUGGUCUUGUACAUCAACGUCGAGAGCUGCUUCUCCUGGGUGGUGAUGCCCGAUCUCAACCCGGAAGUCUACGCCGAGAGCAUUUCCAACCACGGGGCACGGGGUGUGAAGUGGCUCAGCAUGCCCGAGCCCCUGUGGCCCAAUGCAACCGAGAUGGAGCACUCAGGAGCCUCCCGAGCUGACUUUUGGCUCAGCUUCAUGGCGUUGAAGUACUUCGGUGCCCUCCUGGUGUCGGUGCUGCUGCUGCGCAUUGGAUGGCCCUCCCAAGGAGGGUACAGAUCCCUCUCACUCGAACCCGACGUGGAGGGCGCAGAGGCCCAAGAGUCGCAGGAGGUGUCGAUGUCCUCAAUGUCGGACCGCUCGCGCGAUCUUCUCAUGGUGGUGCUCGUGCCGUGCUGGCUCGCGGUGUGCACCAAGCUCACCCUCUCGGCGGCCCGAGGCGGGCAGCUCAAUGCAGACAGCGGCCUGGCGUGGGAGGGCUACGACCUCCUCUUCUCCUUGGGUCUCACCUUCUUUCUCCUACAGUCGCUGGUUCUGCGCGCGAUGAGCCUGGCUUGCUACAGCCCGGAUGAUGUGGCCGUUGCUUCCAUUAGUCUGUUCCCAUUCUUGGGAGAUGCCUUCGACACGCUCAAAGAUUCUAUGUUGGCUUCAGUGGCGAUUUACUCGAAUGCCGAGUGGGUUCGUUGGCUAGGCUGCCUGGCCAUGGUCUACCUCUGGGCGUUGCACCUCCUGGCCCUCCUCCCCGUGAAAUCCCAGAGGCUGGAGCUGUCUCGGAGCUACCUGGCCCUCUUCUUCCUGAACCCGAAGCAGCAAGGAGUCGUCGCCAGCGGCCUGGGGCAGAAGAUUCUGCGGAUGCUCUACAAGCAAACACAUCCGGGCAGGCAACUGGCCAUAGCUGCGGAGGAUGUGCCACAAGCAAUCCUGGCCUCUGCCAUUUCCUUUGAGGAGGGCCUGAAGCCCUUCACGCUUACGGUGAACUUGCUGAUUCCGGCCGUUCGGCUGCUAGGCGCUUGGCGCUUCCACGACUCGAUUGCCUGGGAAGUGCGGGGUUGGUUGCUGCAGGAGGCCCUGAAGGCCGCUGCUGCCGGGCGCGUGUCGCUGUGCGACGAGUACGCAAAGGCGCUGUGCCGAUUGCAAGUCUGUGCUAAGCAGGACCUCUGGCAAGAAUUGGGGCAGGAACAGCAAGCUGCGGCCAGGCGGUACGUCCAAAAGGAAGCAAAGCUGCAGAAGGUGCGCGGCCCUUUGCACGAGUGGGUGCGGCUUCAACUUGAGACGGAGGGCGAGGGCAGCGAGAUGGACACGCUGCACCUGAAUUUCACAGCAUCGCCAUUGAUGAAGCUUGCUCAUGGCUUCCCAUCGCUGGCCGCACGCUGCCGCAACCGCUCGAAGGUGUUCCUUUCUUUGUGGGGCGCCAGCUUUGCGCAAGGCGGCCGCGAACUUUGUUCUCUUGGUGAGUUGAAGCGAUGCCGGGAGCUCAAAGUCAGCCUCGAGCAGUGUGUUUUGGACGCACAAGGCCACGAGGCACUGUGCCAGGGCCUGGGCCGCCUGGAGCAGCUCGAGCAGCUCGACCUGGGCCUGUUGCAAAACAAGAUCGGGCCCAAGGUCUGCAAGGCCUUGGGCCAGUCGCUCGGAGAAUUGACAAAGCUGCGCCAGUUGGCGCUGGAAUUGGCUAAUAACGAGAUUGGAGACGAGGGCUGUGGGGCCCUGGGCCUCGGUUUGGGUCAGCUGACCUGCCUCGACGUUCUUGUCCUGAAGUUGUCCGGCACCGGCAUAGGCGGCACCGGCAUAGGCGGCAGAACCGGGGAAAGCUGCGAAGGCUGCGAAGGCUGUGUCCAGCUGGGCGAGGGCCUUGGAAUGCUCAGGAAUCUCAGCACGCUGAGGCUCAAUGUGAAUUACAACAAUAUCGACGGCAGAGGGAUGAGUGCGUUGGUCCGGAAUCUGAACCGCCUGAGGAACUUGGCUGACUUGGACAUGAGCCUGCGUGGCCUGGCAAUCGGCUCGGAAGGCUUUGAGGCUUUGAGCCGUUCGAUGGAGACCCUGACUCUGAGCAAGCUCCGGCUGGACACGACAAACAGCGACCUUGGUCCGGAAGAAUGUCGGGCCUUGGGCCAGGGCCUUCAAGGCCUUGCGAGGCACCUCCGGGAGCUGGAUCUCCAGGUUGCUGUUUGUGUAGGUGUGACCAAAGCCGAAGCCUCCGAAGCACCCGAAGCCCUUCGCCUCCAUGCAGAGGGCUGCAGGGCCUUGGGCAGCGGCCUGGGUCAGCUCAGUGAGCUUACUGCUCUCAACCUGGGCAUGAGCUUCAAGCAAGAUGGAGAAAGCCGUCAUCACUCGUUUGCCCUGGGGCAGAUCGAAAGCGAGUGCUUUAAGGCUGCAAGCCACGGCGUCCAGAAUCUCAGGAACUUGAGGAAGCUGAUUCUCGACUUGCACGACUGUGACUUCGGUGCCGAGGCAUGCGGGGCUUUGAGCCACACCCUGGUCCAGCUCCAUCACCUCAGCGAGCUUGAGCUCUACUUGAAAGUCACGCUGAAGCCCGUCCUCGACUGGACGUCCAGCAGCGUCGCAGUGAAGCUUGAUGCAGACUGCUGCAGUGCCUUGGGCAGCGGCUUGUGUCAGCUAAACCUCACCGUCCUCAAGCUGGCUGUGCACUUUGACGCGUUGACGCCGGACGUGCCGGAGCCGGGCGAGUUGAGUGACGAGCAGAGGGACAAGCUGCAACAGGAGCUCUUCAACAAACUCAGCUCAGAGAGCUUGGCUGCAGUGGGCAACUUGGCCCUGCUUCGUAGCAUGGACCGGCUGAGCCCGGAGCUCAGCUCCCUCACCCUGCAGGUGGCAGGGCCGGAUACCGAGGUAUUAAAGGCCCUAUGCCAGAUGCUGGGCCAGCUGCGCGAGCUCCGAGACCUUUUCUUGGGCUUGUGGCAGCACGUGGCGGACCCUGAGGGAUGGCAGGCCCUGAGUCGAACCUUGGGCGACUUGGCCAACCUCCAGAAGCUGAGCGCCGCGUUUGUGGGAGGAGGCAGGCAGGGCAUACAAUGCAAGGGGGACGAAAUCUGCGAGGCCCUCUGUCUCCAUCUGGCCCAGUGGCGCCUGGAAGUGCUCGAGCUCGACCUGAGCAGUUGCGACAUUGGGGACGACGGCUGCAAAACUCUCGCUGCCCUGACCCAGCUACCCAACCUGAAGGAGCUUUCUUUGAACCUGACCGGGAACCAUCGCAUCAGCGCUGAGGGUGGCGGAGCCCAAGUCCUCCGCAGCAGCCUGGACCAGCUGAGCUUCCAGGCCAAGCUGCAACUGCCAAAGACCAGGUUAACAUUUGGAUCACACAGAGGCCCGUCAUCGCCCUGA